AUGAAAUUUUCUUUAUCUCUUGGAGUGAAACGAUGCAGAAGGAAUGUUGAAGAUUGGUUUCGUAGAGUUUGGGAGGUUGGUUAUGUUGGGCCGUCACUUCCAAAAAAGAAAUGUACUGGAAAGCAGGAAGUUCCGAUAACUGAAGAAUCAGUUGAUACAACAAGACAACAAUUAAUGAGAGAAUGGAAUGUUAUGCAAUGGUUAGCAAAUCCUUAUUUAAAUGCUGAACGUGAGAGGCCGUAUAUUGAACAAUAUGGAGAUGUUGUUGAUCAAUGGAGACAAUCACAAAUUGAAGCUAAACAACGCAAAAUGCCAAAUAAACCAAAAAUUUUUAAAGUUUAUGAUGGAAAUUUGGAAAAGAGACGGGCAAAUGUUGGAAAUAUGUUGCAUUCACAUAGGACUGUGGAAGAACAAAUGAAAGAUUUAAUUAGAUUGACAAGAUGGGAUUAA